AUGGCUACAAUAAACGAUAUUGGAGUAGCAGCAGCAAUCAAUAUAGUCACAGCAUUCGCUUUCUUCAUAGCUUUUGCAAUAUUCAGGAUCCAACCAGUAAACGACAGAGUCUAUUUCCCUAAAUGGUACAUCAAGGGCUUAAGAACAAGCUCUAUACAAACCGGUGGCUUUGGAAGCAAGUUCAUCAAUCUAGACUUCAGGUCCUAUGUUAGAUUCCUUAAUUGGAUGCCUGAAGCACUUAAAAUGCCAGAGCCUGAGCUUGUAGACCACGCAGGUCUAGAUUCUGUUGUCUACUUGAGGAUCUACUUACUCGGACUCAAGAUCUUUUUCCCCAUAGCUUGUGUUGCUUUUACAGCAAUGGUCCCUGUUAAUUGGACAAACAAGGGGUUGGAUGGGUUAAAGCACUCGAAUAUAAGUUACAGUGAUAUUGAUAAACUGUCUUUGUCAAAUAUACCAAAUGGAUCACCAAGUAGAUUUUGGGUGCAUUUGUGUAUGGCCUAUGUAAUCACUUUCUGGACAUGCUUUAUGCUGAAAAGAGAGUACCAGAAUAUAGCUUUAAUGAGGCUACAAUUUCUUGCAAAUGAUGAAAGGAGACCUAACCAGUUCACUGUGCUGGUAAGAAACAUUCCUACAGAUCCUCAUGAAUCAAUCUGUGAACUUGUUGAGCAUUUCUUUAAAGUCAACCAUCCAGAUCACUACCUCACUUUCCAGGCAGUCCACGAUGCAAGCAAACUCUCUGAACUGGUUCAGACGAGGAAACAAAUGCAGAACCUGCUAGAUUACAAUCUCAACAAACACACAAGAACGCUAUCUAAAAGGCCAGUGAUAAAGAUGGGUUUUCUUGGCUGUUGCGGUGAAGAAGUUGAUGGAAUCAAGUACUACACAUCCAUGGUCGAGAGUCUAACAAGAGAAAUAAUUGAGGAGAAAGAUAAGUUAAGGACCGGCACAAAGUCCAUAGUGCCUGCAGCUUUUGUAUCUUUCAAGAGCCGCUGGGGAGCAGCGGUUUGUGCUCAAACUCAACAGUCAAGAGACCCAACGGAAUGGCUAACCGAGUGGGCUGCAGAGCCACGUGACAUCUACUAUGACAAUCUUGCAUUGCCGUACGUCGACCUUAAGAUUAGAAGGAUCAUUGUAGCCGUCGCUUACUUCUUCCUCACCUUCUUCUUCAUGAUCCCAAUAGCUUUUGUACAGUCACUCGCCAACAUCGAAGGGAUAGAGAAGGCUUUCCCUUUCUUGAAGCCACUCAUAGAAGUGAAAUUGUUAAAGUCGAUCAUCCAAGGUUUCCUUCCUGGUAUCGCAUUGAAGAUCUUUCUCAUGUUCCUCCCAAGAAUAUUGAUGCAAAUGUCCAAGUUCGAAGGUUUUGUCAGCACGUCCUCAUUAGAAAGAAGAGCCGCAAGUAGGUUCUACAUGUUCCAGUUCAUCAACGUUUUCCUCGGAAGCAUAGUCACUGGAACUGCGUUUCAACAGCUCAACAAAUUCCUUAACCAGUCUGCAAACGAUAUUCCAAAGACAAUUGGCGUCUCCAUUCCUAUGAAAGCGACCUUCUUUAUAACAUACAUAAUGGUGGAUGGAUGGGCAGGUGUUGCUGGGGAGAUUCUGAGGUUGAAGCCGCUCAUAAUCUAUCACUUAAAGAACUCUUUCCUCGUGAGAACAGAGAAAGAUAGAGAAGAAGCAACUGAUCCUGGAACCAUUGGAUUCAACACUGGAGAGCCUCAAAUACAACUCUACUUCCUUCUCGGUCUAGUUUACGCAGCAGUCAGCCCCAUCCUUCUUCCCUUCAUCAUCGUCUUCUUCGGUUUGGCUUAUGUAGUGUACCGUCAUCAGGUCAUAAAUGUGUACAACCAAAAGUAUGAGAGUGCAGGGAAGUUCUGGCCUGAUGUUCACAGGCGUGUUGUGACCGCACUGAUCGUUUCGCAGCUGCUCUUGAUGGGUCUUCUAAGCACCAAACAAGCUUCUAAGUCCACUCCUUUGCUUCUUGUGCUUCCGGUGCUGACCAUUGGGUUCCACAUCCACUGCAAAGGCCGUUACCAACCUGCUUUUGUCACAUACCCUCUACAGGAAGCCAUGAUCAAAGAUACACUGGAACGCACACGAGAGCCAGACCUAAACCUCAAGGCUUUCUUUAGAAAUGCGUACGCCCACCCGGAGUUCAGGGUUGGAGAGAAUCUAGAGCUAGAGAUGGCCGUGGAGAAGCCUGAUAAGUUACCUGAGUUAGUAGCCACUAAGCGUGGCUCAUGGAGGAACACUCCUUUGCCUAGCAAACAUAACAGCCCUUAUUCACCCUGA